AUGCCUCGCCAGCGAGCGCCAGAGGCUCAAACUUUAGCUUCUGCGCUAAUGGCCUUUUUAAAUUCUCUGACAAAGGUCACAUUUCCUUUCCUCAUCAUCCUUGCGGCCGUGUUUCUCUACACGGACGGGCCAGAAUGCUCCCUGAAGACCAUCAAGUCACUUGUAUCGCCAGUGGUCGACCAUACGCCCACAUCUCCAUAUUCCCCGAGCUGGAGGUCAUGGUUUCAUCCGUUUCAAAGACAAUCGGGGUCAAGAUAUAGGUCCUUGGAAAAGAAAUGGACUGUUUUGCAUCACCUCGGGGGAAACGGACCCUGGGUCGAAAUGUUGGAUGAACGCGGGAUUUCACCAGAUCUGGCGCCUCCACCGGGAUGUGUAAUCGAUCAAGUGCAUAUGAUGUCGCGGCAUGCCGAAAGAUAUCCUACGCCGCUUGUUGGGUAUCGUCACUUGGAGUUUUUGAAGCGCGCCAGAUUGCUUGAGCUACCUUUCAAUGGGUCACUCGAGUUCCUGAAUGACUGGACUUAUUUUAGUGACAACGCCGAACGAGACUUCGGGCAGUUGACCCAUACAGGUCCUUACGCAGGCACGCUAAGUGCCUUUACAAAUGGCGUGCGCUUUCGCACGCGUUACAGUGACCUCUUACCGAGAAAUACUUCGAUUCGAUUCUGGGCUAGUGACUCGGAGCGCGUGAUUGAGUCAGCCCGCUACUUUGCCUCUGGGUUAUUCGGUCUUGACUGGGAAAGCAGAGGCAAGGCCGAACUGGAAAUCAUACCGGAGAUCUUUGAGCGAGGAGCAGACACCCUCACGCCAGGAGAUACGUGCCACGGAUAUAUCGAGGACACGACACACGGUCAUGACAAUGGCGAGGCAAUGCUGACACGCUAUCAAGACGUGUAUACUCCCUCAAUAGCGCAACGACUGAUCCACGAGAAUCCCGCCUUGGGCAGUCUGCUCAGUACGGAAGUGUACGGCAUGCAGGAGAUGUGUGGCUUUGAGACCAUGGUUCGUGGAUCAAGCCCCUGGUGUGAUGUUUUUACCGAGGAGGACUGGCACCACUUCGAAUAUGCGCGCGACAUCAAACAUUACUAUGGCUCUGGGCCGGGGAACCCGUAUGCCGGCGCGAUGGGAUGGCUCUGGUUAAACGCCACUGCCACAAUACUACAGGCGGGGCCAGAAGCUGGUCCGAUGUUUUUGAGCUUUGUUCAUGAUGGAGAUAUUUCACCACUCCUUGCAGCGCUAGAUAUCUUCAAGGACCAGCACAAUACACCUCUUCCACUCUCACAUAUGGACGCCAAUCGAACCUGGAAGACCUCAACUAUUCUGCCCAUGGGGGCCAGAAUUACAUUUGAAAGGAUGAGCUGCCCAACCGAAGAUGAUAGGGAUGACGAGGUAUAUGUCCGUAUCAAUAUUAACGAUCGGAUUGUGCAGCUGCCGGCUCAAAAUGUAAUGAACGACAAAGCAGCAGCUUUCAUCCGAAAGGAAGCUGACACUGGUGGCGACCACGUGACCCGUAUCCCGGCGAACCAGCUGUGUGACACGUCUCGCUUCAGAGCACUUUCAUUCAACUCUAAAAUCUUCUGCAUCCACACUUCUCACAAAGCCCUCCCGACAUUAGAGUGGCCUUCAUCCAUAAUGGAGUACCACGCCGUGCCGCCCGAGGAGCGCGCAAGAGAUGAAAACGGCAACCUGCUUCCUUGGGGCUAUGUUUACAAAGAUGAAUCUCGCAACCCCCGCCGGCCACCAGAGGAAUCCGGACCCUUUGGCAAGAGGAGAAAUGCCCGAUACGAAGCCCGAUCGCGAACACGCACCGGUACCCCAGCAAAACGCGAGAACCCCAAUGUCGCCGAGUUCGGCCGCCUCUUCGCCCAGCAGCAAGAAGAGGAAAGGCCCGUCGGUCUACCCAAAUCCUCCUCCUCCAGCAGCCUCGACGGCUCGCGGAAGCAAACCGAAAAGGUGGCGACCGAGUGCAUUCUCUACGGGUACAAGGCAAAGGACGGGGAGUGGAAGGUGAUUGAUAAAUACGAGCGUAUCUCACAGGGUAUGAUCUGCGAAGACUAUCCACGCUGCGAUCCCAACUCUGCGAGCCAGUUCGCGCAGCUUCUCAGCGGCGGCGACGUCGUUAUCCGCGCGAAUUUGUCCGCCGAUGCGAACCGCAAGUCUAAGCGCUACGCUGGUGGGUAUCAUUGGAUCAAGGUCACGUUUGACUCGACGCAGGCCGCCGAUCGGGCCUGCUUCUACUCGCCGCAGGAAGUUGACGGGCAUUUGGUCUUUUGCGAGCUGUAUAAUGGCCAUGGACCGGCCGAGGACAGCGCGAUUCCCAUCGACUCUGCGGCUGCCGCUAAGCUGCGCAGCAAGAACACGCGCACUCUGACCUCCACGCACUCAUCCGCAUUCCUCUCUGGCGCCAGUAUGGACGGCCAACCCUCCUCUCUCACGCUGCCGCGGUCUUUCGGAAUGAAUAACCUGUCCAGCGUGGCCGAGCCUGACAAAGAACCAUCGUUCGACUCAUCGACGACAACUGCUACCUCUGGCACAGCAACCGCGACUGCGACGGGAGUAUCGACCAGCUUUGGAUCGUCGCUACACCAGCGCAGUACGUCUGGCGCCGAACCUAAACCCGACUCCGAUUUCAUGACACAUAUCCCCACCGUUCGCCGGACGAAGCUACGCCCAUUGACUGAAGCUCUCCCACCCGGGCCGACGAUGACCGAGCGCGUGCUGCGAUCGAUUCCUAUACUUAGCUGGUUUACGGGUGAUAUCGUGGGUGAUGGGCCGCAGCUGAAAGAGGAUGGGACGUUCGAUCAUGACAAAUCUGGUGCGUACUGGCGGUUUUGGUGGAUGCUGGAUCAGUUGUUGGGUACGGAUGUUUGUGGAUUGAGAGAGGAGUCUUGA